UAAAUUAUUCCACAUAUCGAUAUUUUUUUUUUUUGCUUUUCGAAACGAUUUAUUGAAUUGCUACGUCUGGUUUUUUGCCACGCACUAAAUGUUGAUAUAUAUAUCAAAAUUCCCGAAGAUUCAAUCCGAAUCUACGAAUACUCGUUCCAAUUUAAGGACCUCUAGAUCAAAUUACACAAAUCGUAGAAGUUAUGGUGGCAAUUAUUUCACAGUAAUUGAUGGUCUGAUUCGAUGCCAGAAAGGUCGUACUGAAUCGUAUUUCAUAUGACCGGAACGGUUCCCCGAUCCUUUGUUGCUUACAUGUUGUGAUAAGCUUGAGGUUUUUUUUUGGUGGUAAAUAUGAUAAGCUUAAGUAAUGUAAGUUUGGGGAAGGGAGAUUGAGAGGAGUAGGCCAGAUAUCCCUCAAUAUUUAACUUUUUAGUACGGAAAUAAAGAGGAUUAAAGUUCCUACGUUGGAGUCUUUCGGAUGCUAUUUGCAGAUUAUGGGAGAUUUUCACGUCACGGAGUCUGGAACCAUGGAGUUUCUCAAUAUUCAUGUUAGAAGUUCAGUAGAUUGAUGGCUUUGACUUCCUUAAAAAUGAUUCUGAAUCUGAGGAACAAGUUUUUUCAGUUUCUCACUUUUCUUAGCUAGUUAGUCGAUGUGUUACCGGAACACUUGAUCUGGUAGUAUACAUGUUGGACUUUUAAGCAAUCUGCGACUAAAUAGUAGUAUUUUAAUUUGACGUAAGUGCAAAUGUGUGUCUGGAAUGAUGUAAUUCAAGUAAUUAUUGUUGAGUAUUGGACCUAUUGGUACAAGUACAACUCUGAAAUUUAGGAAAACAAAGCAUAAUCCUUUUAUUACGUUUUCUGAUUAUGGACAACAAACAUAGCUGUUCUUCCUCUGAAACAAGGACAUGCCUAAUUGGGCGCCUUGGACACGCUAAGAUGCAUCAUUACAUCUUUAUUCUUAACCUAUCCGUUGGUAACUUUGCCCCAAGGUUGACCGGCCUAGAGAAUAUUGUUGUACUUUUUUAUUAUCACUAAAGGCAUUAUUUCCUUACUUGAUAGUAGAAAAUUGGUAUUCAAACUGGCAGGAUAGAAUGUAAUGAAUUGUAUUUUAACUUGUCUGUAGCCCAAAACCAUCAUGCAAUUUGAAAGUUACAGUUAAUGGUUUUCAUUAAGUGAUGAUGUAGGACAGAAUUGAAAGAAGAGUGAGAUGAACAAAAUAAAAAGCGAAGGGGCUAUUUUAAUAUUACAGUAAGGAAGAUAAAAUACGAGCUUGUUUUCUACCAAAGGUCAAUCUAUCAGAUUCCAAAUUCUCUUUCAUUCCAAAGGCAUAACCUGUAUCUAGGUGCUUCAUAUUUGCCCGGAGGAUUGCGUCACACAAUCUUGAAAGCUUAAAACUGCAGGUUUUCGUAUAUGUUCAUUCAUGCCUUCGUACUCUUGAAGUAUAUCAAUGUAUAGGCUCCUAAUGUGUUUAAUACCAAAGACUCUUCCUAUUCCCUAGAUGGCUGCAUAUGGAUAGGAUGAAAGUCUUGUGUGAUGGUUUAAUUCAUUGAAUACGUGGUCAAAACAUCAUUAAAUGAACAGUCACAAGGCUCGUGGAAAGUCACAGCCUUAAAUGUUUCUGCCAAUAUCUAGUUAAUAUCCUGAGUAGGCGCUUCAUCAUCCUGCAUAUGCCAAAUUAAGGCUUGGGCCUUAGAACCAUUCAGUCCACGCCUUUUAUAGACUUUUACUGUUUGCUUUCAUUUUCCAUCAAUUCAGUAUGAUGCAUUGAAAGCAUAUAUACUUAUUAUAAAAAUUAAUGGCCAUCACAUGUUGUAAUUUGAACUGUAUGCUCUUUAAACUUUCCAAUAACAUGUGUGCGUUUCAUCUGCAAACUAUUCAACAUGUGGAUUUCAAAUGUGAAUUGUAGUUGAUAACUCUGAGCUGCCUUUUGUUCUAAACAGUGGUGUAGGGGUUUGUAUGAUGAGUAACGCAUGGAAAGAAGAGCAGCACCCAGCUUUCAUCAGCUUCAUCUCGUCCUUCCUUAAUGCAAAUUCUUUCCGGCUUAACUUUGUCCCAAUUGCCCCUGAUUUUAUUCUCAACUGUGGGGCAUCAGUAGCUUUCAUGUUUGUGACAAACUGGGAUUGCAGUGACACUUCACCUGUCUUUGGCAGAGUUCAGAAACUGAAGGAGCAGUUUGCAAACCUCUAUGUGGUUGUUACGCUCCCAACGAAGGAGCAAAAUGAUUCCUUUGUUCAUUCAUAUUUCAGAUAUGGAAUGUUGCUUGGUAGGCCAAUGUUUGUGCUUGUACAAGACUUAGAGAUGGGUUUUGAGAAGAUUUUGAAGAUUGCACAUGCUCGUGGGGUAUGCAAGCGGCAGGAUGCUGUAUCAAAAAUGAAGGCUGAGAGGGAGGGAUCCAUGCAACAGAUAGAUGCUUUUCUCAGUGUGGUCACAUCCAUACCUGGCAUUGAUAACCAUGAUGCAAAUGCACUUAAUCAAGCCAUAGGUUCCAUUGAAGCAAUAGCUAAAGCAUCCAAGGAACUAAUCUUGGAAAAUACAGACCUUUCCGCUGACAAAGCAGAGACGAUAUCAAGGUUUCUCAGAGAUCCAAAGUUUUACCUCAGUCCUAAGAUCAUUUGACAGAACAAGGUAAUAGUUUUUCGAACAAAACAGAGAAGCUUUUCAACCUUGACGGAUCAAGUGAAUACUCAACGUUUUGCCUCACUCCAAAAAGAAGACGAUUGUGACAAGCUUUUUGAAUUCUUGUAAGGAGGUUCUUGCUGUUUUGGUGUAUCGGAGAUAUGUACAGGGUACAGAAUAAGGUGAACUCUGGCUCAAUGUUUGGGUUGUAUUGAUGCAUGAGGUGGUGCCAUAAAAAUAAAAAUAAAAAAUCACUUGGAAAUUUGAAUA